UGUCAGUUGUUUGGGUCUGCCUAUGCGCGCAGAUUAUGCGCAGUGAGAUGAGACUGAACAAAAAAAGUGAUGUGGAGGCGCUUGUUUACGGUGUCUCCAAGCUAAGCCUUCGGUGCCUAAAAUAGGGUGACAAGAAUGAAGAGACUAGACACUGCUAUUUUAACCUGGCGACGGUAGUCUCUGGUAUAAGAUGCUAUUCCAAACUCUUUCCUAUAAAGAGUCAUGUGGUGGCCACAGUUGCAGCAGUUUGUGCAGCUAAAUUUGCCUGACGACUCCUGUUGGCACCAAUGGACACCAGCAGAAGUAUGCAAACAAGGGCAGAGUCUCUGUCCUGUGUUGUGGACAAGACUGCUGAUUCCAAAGCGCAGGCAACAGAAGCAGACAAGCUUUCAGAGGCAGCUGAUGGCGCUACCUCCGAACAGCAGGCACCAGGCAAAAUAAAAAAGACUGCUUUCAGAUUCUUUGGAGGGAGAAAGAGCAUCUGUACAUUGCCUAGCUUCUUUGGAGUCAAGCACAAAGGACACGCAAAAAGCUCAUCCAAAAAGGUAAUUGGUAAAAGCAAAACCCAUGAUUGUAUCAGUGAUGUAAACUGGGAAGAUGUUGGGAGAGCUGGUGAAUUACCCGUGGCAGAAUUUGAAUACCACAGCCAGAAGCAUGGUGCUGCUGAUAUGCUGACAUGCUCCCAGAGUGUUCACUCUAUUAAUAGCAAUAAGAAAUCGGAUGCUCUGUUGUGCUCAAACUCUGAGUCCUCUGAACAGAAAUUGAGCUCUGAAAAGUCUCUUCCUCGACCGAAGAAGGGCCUAAAGAGCUUGUUUAGCAUCAGACGCAACAAGAAGAACAAGGAAAAAAGUGAACCAUCUGAAUUUUCACCUCGGCUUUCAGUCAAAGCUGCAUCUACUGACCAUGUGAAAACCCAGUCUGAGUCCCCAGACAGUUUGCCUGAAAGUUUGCUCAGUAUUGCACUUAUUGGACAAGACAAGGUGGUGGACAAGCCUGAGUGUACAGAGGAGGUAAAUGUUAUAGAGAACAACACACUGGAUGUAGGGUCAAACAUGAAAGACCCAUACUGCCAUAACAGUGAUAUUUUUAAAGAUGUUGACUUGCAAGAGAUGAUCCUAGAAGUUAAAGUCGAUGUUGAUGGAGGCAUUUUGUGUGUGAAAUCUGAAAUGGCACAUUUGUCUGAAGUGUGCCAAAACUACACCGAUCAUGAUCCCUCCUCUGUUCGUUCUUCUGACCAAAUCAGUCUUAUGUUUGGAGAUGUGUCUUCUCUGAAGAGUUUCGACUCUUUGACUGGGUGUGGGGACAUUGUUGCAGACCAAGAUGAUGAAAGCAUGGCUGAAAGUACGGUAUCCGCUGAAAGAGGUCGCAAUGCUGGCAAGAGGAGCUCAUGUUACAUCACAUACCAGGGGGGUGGUGAAGAGAUGGCUUCUCCAGAUGAAGUUGAUGAGUAUCUGCAGGGUCUAUGGGACGGUGAGGCAGCUGCAGAUGUCUGUUACACUCCAGGAGAACAUCAGCAUGUGUUGGAGGAUAUUGAGAUGCAUAGCUCGCUAGGUGAAGCUGGUAUUUCUAGCCCCCUUAUUUGCUACCCUGAAAUUGCCAAAAGUGCUGCUGAUAGUUGUACUGUUAGAGAUCUACUUACUCCUCAAAGUGAUCAAUUAGAAUCUGCUCCCAACAGUGAUGAAGGCUACUAUGAUUCCACCACCCCUGGACCUGAUGAAGAAUGUGGGGAAAGCAUGGGCCGCAUCAGGAAGGAACGACUUCCAAGGGACAGCUACAGUGGCGAUGCUCUGUAUGAGCUCUAUGAACCUGAUGACAGCUUGAUGAGCCCACCACUUGAGGAUGAGCCUUCUUUUGACACACAGCCUCCUUCUCCAGACUCUUUUGAAUUUCUAGGUGUUUCUUUGGGUCUGGGAAAUAAAACUUUAGAAUCCAAUGCUCCAGAUAAAAUGUGCCAAAUAGAAACUGAAGAGGCCAGGCUAGUUGUUAUUCAGAAAGAGCUUAUGGCCUGGGGAGUAAGACGGAUGAAGAAGUCGGUAAAAGAGCAAGCUUGCUUGAGCAAAGAGAGAAUCUACCCUGACAGAACUAGCACUGAAUGUAAGCCAAAAUCUGGCAAAAAACAUCAAGGUUGCCUUGAAAAUGAGCAGUUGCAAUUGCAGUCUGUUAAAGCAGGUAGAGCAGGUGCUCAUGAAAAAUUAAGACCGGGAAGCCAGAGUCACAGUGGAAAUUACACCACAGUGAAAGUACCUAGUGGUGAGCUGGACCCUUCCAAUGGCACCCCCACUAGUCACCAAAUGAAAGAUUUACCAUUACAGGCUAGGAAUUACAAACUCCAUAAAGCAGAAAGAAAAGGGAAAGAUGCAGCCACCGAACAAAUAAAGAACAAUGUAGACCUUGAAUGUGACCAGGCUGUGUCUUUCUCCCAGGCCUUAGUGGACUUCACAAACAACACUAAAUUCUUCAGUGACUUUUCAAGGGGUCUGGGUAGUUCAGAUUCAGGGUCUUCCUUUGCCCACAACAUAAAGGUACUGCCGACCAUGGUGACAUUUGAUGUGGUCGACAUGGAGAAUGAAGAAGAAUGUGAUCAGCAGAUUGAAAUGGUCCCAGAUGAGGACAUGGAAUCUCCUUUUGAACCUUUUGAUGACAGCUACCUACAGAAAGAUGCUAUUGCUGAAUGUGACGAGAGGAUGUUUGACAUGUAUGAUCAAAUGUCUUUCCUAAGUGGACCCUGGGGGGUAGCCAGCCUUCCACGCCAGAUUAGCUUUAGUAAAAAAGUGUCUGCAAAGCCUUUACCAUUGUCCUUGAACAGGAGAAGCAGGUCGCUCGACAUUGAGAGCUUAGAAUGUGAAAUAUCUGAUUCAUACCAGUUAAAAUUUGCACCAGACGUAAGGAGCAGUUCUCAGGUUCCCAGGCGGGAGUGGAAUACUAGAAAGGUCUCCUCCACUGAAUGCAAAAGAAAUGUUCACUCCAGUCUAGAGGCUGUUGAUCUGCCCAGUGAGUCAUGGCAAGAAGAAAUCAACUACAGUGUUAUCCAUCCCAAAAUGGAUAGUAAGGUUCAGGGUAGCCAGGGGACUGUGGAGGAGAGGAUGUGGUCCCCUGGCAACCCUGCUGAUGGUCUAGAGCAGCAUUGUGGAGAGUGCACAUCUAGUUGGGAUGUACCAGUGCAUGACUCCUCUGGAAAGUUUUGCUGCAGUGGUGCAAGUAUCUCUGUCUCAAGGCCAUCACAGUUGUCCCUUCGUCUGGGAGAUUAUCAAAUUCACAAGCCAGUGAGUAGUAUUUCAGAAGCUUGUAGAGAGAACCCAUACAAACAGUUUGUUCUUGCUUCUCCUUUGGAAGAAAGGAGUGAGAAUGUUUUCACCCAGAACUCUGCUCUUCAGUACGUUGGCUCAUCUCGUCAGCCAAGUAAAUGCAAACCUGUAGGGAUCACCCAAGGAAUGCCACACUGUCGCCAAGAUGAAGCACCAGCAUCAGAGCUGUUUGAAGCCUCAAGCAAAGGCCAAAGUGAACUUGUGCAGACUGGCUGGGGCAAGUGUACACUACUAGAUUUGUAGCCUUUAUGAAAUGGCAAAAUGCCUUCUAGUGAUUUCAGAUUUGUAUGUGUCCAGGAGCUUCAUCUCGCUUGCCACCAAAGACCUUCACAAUAUUUGAAAAGAGGGUUUUGGGACUAAAGAGCCAGUGAUUGUAAAAUAGAUUUAAACAAAUCAUUUUUGAUAAUGAUUGUAUACAAAAAGGAAAGUCCUUUUUUUGUUUUUAGAUGUACAAUUUCAUAAUGUUUCUUAUUGUGUAUUUUUUUUAAACUCUUGUGCAGUUUGAUGGUUUUAAUUUUAUAGGCCUCAUUAAUUUGAUAACUAGACCUUCUGUAAAAGUGCAAUCUUACAGUGCAACUCUUUAAAUGCCAGCAUAAGCUAAAUUACUGUAAAUGGACAAGAAGUGUUGUCCACCAUAACCCUGAGAGCUGCUGUGUUACAAUUUAAGGUUCUUUAGUUUAACCUUAAUUAAUGUUUUGCUUUCCUCUUUACAUCUUAGACGACCUAAUGGUAUUUUUCCUGAGAAUAUUUAAGCCAUUUUGUGAGUUGGGAUGGGGGUGGGAUUUAAAAAAAAACAAAACAAAAAAAAAAAACAAAAAAAACCCAGCAGCCUUUAAGUAGAUGCUUGCCCCUCUAUCUUAAAAGUAAUUCCUUAUCUAAUUUGUCCAGAUUUCCCUGAAAAGAGUUCAGUUUUUCUUUGUUGUUUCCUUUCCGUCUUAUUGGCGCUAUGUAAUGGAAACCCAUCACAAGUUUUAUCUGUUAUAACUGAUGUUUGCUUGAAAAGUGAAGGUCUGCUUACCAAAUAAGUUCAUUUUUACACGUUUUAUGUUCGUGUGACUUUUUUUUUUAAAUCUGGUGCUGUUUACAAAUUUUUAAGCAGAUUUUCUUAUCUGUGUUGUACAAAUUAUUUCAUUGCACACUAUACUAAUUGUUCUUCUGAAUGCUUUUAUUAUGUGCUUGGCAUAAUAGGGUGGAGAGCAGUGUUGCCAGAUGUGCAAUAAGGUUGGUUUUUAUAUCAUUUUGCCCUCUGGAUGUCUUUCUAUUAAUAGCACGGACAUGUUUUGUAGAAGAAUUUUGUCAUGCCCAUUAAUGAACACAGCAGAGUCAUGCAAUUGGUAGGGAUAAGCAAAACCUUGCCCUUGUUUUACAGUGACCUAGUCACACCGUGUUCUCACACUCCACUAGACAACGUGAAAAUUUGACAACGGGUGCUCUAUAUUUUUGAAUGGCACGUUUUGGUUUUUACUCAUUUUAAAACUUCUAUCUGAUACAUUUCUCACUGAUAGGUUGAUUGUAGAGAUUUUCAUUUAAGGGACUUCACUGACUUCUGUUUACUGUACCUCAUUAUGUGUAAGAUGUUUGUUUCUUUUUUUUUAUUGAUCCAUUUGUAUAAAAAAAAAAAAAAAAAAGACAAAUAAUGCUUUGAUUGUUCUACAUAACAUUAGAAAUCAUGCACUAUUUCCAAGAAAUUGAAAGAAACAUUUCUAUUUUCGGAAAAACAGUGGGGGCUACACGCUUUUUAAAACUAAGAAAAAUCUCAUGAUUUUUUUUAUUGAAAAUGAUUAUGUAACAAGAGUGUUUUGUGAGGAGUCCUGCUUUCCUUCCUUAUGCUGAAAGUUCUUAUUUGUUUCAUUUGAUUACUUCAACGUCUGUCUUCACUUCAUUUCCCCCCCUCUUCCACGUCUCAUUAAGUGUGUCGUUACUCUUCUCCUUGCUCCCUAACACAAGUUGUCCAAGCUCGCUGUUUAAGGUUUUGUGUCUCUUUAUAAAAGCAGAUAUUAAAUGGCUAAGGCAGAUUUUAUUUUAAACCUGCCUCAGUUUUCAGGGUUUGUGAAAGUCUUGUAGGCACAUACUUUGAUAAUCCCUCUUGCAUUAAAUUUCCUUGUGUAAGAAUUUUUGCAAACAAAAAUUUCAACACACCUCAUUGUUGUAAAAUACAUGUCCCUACUGCCAUCAAUUAUAUGUUAGGUGAAAUAUGAUUCUUAACUGGUUUGUUUUUUUUUUCCCUUCUAUUUUAAUUCCAGUGGUUUGUUUUUCAAUGGCUUUUUAGAAUCCCUUUAACGCUCAGCCUUGAAAGGUUAUGGUGUCUUCAGGUUUUAAUUCCAGCCACAUUCUUUAAUUAGUAACCAGAUAUUGCUGCAAAUAGAAAUUUCUUUUGUGUUGAUUCUUUUUUUAAGACAGAAGGCAAACGCAAAAAAGAGAUUCCAGGUGAGCUCCAGACAACUGGAUAACUUGAUCCAAUUACAAUAUGUGUUUCAAUAAAAUAUGUGAAAAUCUCAUAUGAAUGAUGCUCUCAGAAAAAAAGGAGAAAAUCAAACUUCAAAAGUGCCUGGUGUGGCAGAAGGAGAGCAAUAAAUAAGUUAUUGAAUUAAAUUAACAUGUUUCAUUAACGGGAAGAACUUACUUUGUAUAACUGGUAGCAGCUAAAAUGGGGGCCUUUUAAUAGCUGAAUUUGAAACCCAGGGUUAACUAUUCAUCUAUUGACAACCAGUUAAGGGUUUUGAAUCUUCAAAUUUAAGUCGCUCAUGCUUAAAGAUGCUUGCCUAAUUCGCCGCAGGAAUUAUUUAACAAUUAAAGUGGCAGGAAUGAAAACCUACAGGAUCUGAGCUAGACACUCAGCCUUCAAUGUGACCAGAAAAGGCAAUUUGUUUUAAGAGAGCUUUAUUAUGUCAGUCAGUCAUUUACCAACCCACUAUAUUUUAACACAGGGUCACGGAGGGGUCUGCUGGAGCCAAUCCCAGCCAGCACAGGGCACAAGGCAGGAACAAACCCCAGGCAGGGUGCCAGCCCACCGCAGGGCACACAUGCACACACUAGGGACAAUUUAGGAUCACCAAUGCACCUAACCUGCAUGUCUUUGGACUGUGGGAGGAAACCCACGCAGACACGGGGAGAACAUGCAAACUCCAUGCAGGGAGGACCCGGGAAGCGAACCACUAGCGUUAACACUGCACCACCGUACCGCCUGCUUUAUUAUGUAUUAAAGGUAAAAAUCCCCUUCCCCUGUCUUUACCCUUUUUUGUGACUUUCUGUGCACUUGAGAGCUUUUAUUAUUUGUUUGGAAAGCUCCAAUAGGUUUAUGUUGGCUUGAACUGUCUUUUAACCUCCAGCCAGUUCAUCCUUUGGUUAGAGAGAGAAUUAGACACAAAGACCACAGAUCAGUGGUUCUCAAGUCCAGUCUUGGGGAAACACUCCAUACCCAGCAAUGGCUGCAUUUUCUGUUUUUAGUUGGACUCGUACUUUAAUUGGUUGCUGUGUUUUCUUAAUCCAGACAUUUCAAGUUAAAUUUUUUUGGGAAUGUAGCAAGUACUUUUUUUUUUUUUUUUUUUUUUUUUUUUAUAAAUUAUCUUGCUUUUUGAGAUUGUCGUCUUCUUCAUUAUGAAUUUCCAUCAGGUUUUCCAAGUUUUCUGCUUAUUUAAGCUGCUGUUUACUGGUGAGCGUAGUAGUGGGUCUGACUCUGAAGUAGCUGCAGCCUUUCUGUCUUCAGUGACAUUUGUUUGGUGUCUGCUUUUUUUGUCAUUAUUAGGAUACAAUUAAGUUUGCAGACACAGCAGAGAAAAAGGGCGGGUUAAUAGCAAAUAACUAAGAAGUUAACAAUUUUAAAGCUAUGCCAAAGUUCAGAUGUUUCUAAAUUGUUUAUCAGUGUAAAAUCUCACCUUACUGACAAUUGCUAAAUACAGAAUAAGACGAAACAAAGGCCAGUUAAGUGAACAGUGAAAUCACUUAGAGGGUAAUUGACUCACUGAUUGUGAAACUGCUGGAAGCAGAAACCUACUACAGCUACAUUGGUUUCUUAAGACUAAAACUUUAGAACCACUGCUCCGUAUCAUUUGUGAGGAUCAUUCUGAUUGUGCAAGAGAACGAAUGACUUCUGGUUUAAAAAAAAACAAAAACCAAAAAACUCUUCAUGCCCCACAUUCAACUCUUAAACUUUACAAUGUGUGCAGAGAAUCUGAGUGACCCAUGGUUUAAAUACAGAACUAACUAUGCUACACCUCGCUACCUUUUCCAGUUAUCAUAUCUGGUAUUGUUGUUCCCAUCAUGGAUCACUGCUUGUUUUCAGAUUUUCUUCCUCCUGAUGCCAUACAGUGUAGACCCGUGUAUCACAUACAGUACAACAUACUAUGACCUGAUGCGUCUCUCAAAGUGUACAUGUCCACCCACCUGAGAUUUGCAUUCCAAGAUUAGCAUGCUAGUAAAUUUGUAAAUGCAGAAGUAAAAGCAUAGCAAGAAGGCCGUGCCUCACCCAUGUUGCAGCGCUGUGCUGCUUAUAGCUUAGUGUUAUUAGCUGUACUGCCCAGUUUCUGUGCUUCAGAAAUGCUUUCUGUAUGUUCUGCUGUGAGAGUAUUUUUAAUUCCAUUUGGAGCUGCUUUAAAUUUUCCUCUUUCAUAUCUGUUUAUGGCUGGCCGUUUUUGUAGGACACUGUUACGUUUGCCUUUGCUGGGCAGUGGGCCCACAGGUUGCACACCACAGCUUGCAUGACAUGUUUCCGCCUUGUUCUCAUCUUGGGACCAGUGGUACUGCUGCCUCUUCCAUUACCGUGCACUCACUGUAAAUGUAUGCACUCAAGUGCCUUCUUCUACAAGCACAUUCAUGACAGAUGCCAGCUUUGUGCCCCCUCAUAUCUACGGUUCCGCACCCGUGCGUUGCCACUGAUUCAGUUGCUUGCUGUAUAUAGGUUGGUUGCACGCGUCCGCUAGGUGCCAGUUCAGUCUCUGUCCAUCUGUGGAGGCUUUGUACACUGCUGUGCACUUGUGUGUUUCAAGUGCUCCUUGUCGUUAACCAUUACACAACCGUAAACAUUGAGCUGAAUGUAUUUCACAUUUGCCUUCAUUUUGGCACUAUUUGGCCUGUUUUGGUGCCAUUUUAUACUUUCUGUUGUAAGUGAUGACCCAAGGUUUAUAAAUUCCCAUCUUCAUUCUCUAUAAUCCUUCAUUAGUUUGUAGUUUGACCUGCCUUGUCGCUGUGAUCUUCUAGAAGUGCCAACACCCACCCCUUCUCUGCAGCUGUGGCUGAAGCCCCCCCCCCUGUCCAUGAAGUGCGUCUCCUUGUUGUUACCCUUUGAUUAUUAGUACUUUUUUUUUUUUUUUUUUUUGUAUAUUUUGGGUAGGAUGAGGUUGUUGCAUUUGUUCUUCUCCCAUAUGUUUGGUCUCCACUUUGUAAUGUGUUUUGAAGGGCAUUUGUGUGCUGUAGUUUACUUGAAAUGCGGCACACUACCAUUAGUGCUUUCAAUGCAUUUGUAAUCUAUUUAAGAAAAAAAAAAAACACAACAUUUGUGUGCUUUGAACAACUUGAAAUCUCAACACGUCGGUUAUUGCAUUUAUUGUAUUCUUUUGAAAUAAAAAACACCA